GCCUGGACAAGAGGCACGCUUUCAGCAACCUUCCAGCUUGGGAAUGGACCCUGAAGGCUUGCAUCUCUUCGUCCUGGACAACUUCCGAAGGAUCAGAUAUAUCGAGCUCUACUUAAAAAAGAAAACGGUCACUACAUUAGUAGGUGGUGCCUGUCGUGCUGUCGCACGUUGGACUGUUUAUGAGUCUAUUGUGCAACGAAGAGUCGGUUGCCACCCAGACUGGGUGGCACGCAACGCGGGUGAGCAGGUCGAUCUUUACGUCUCAGGCGAGGGUGUUUUCUUUUGCGCUGGCCACCAGGCCACGUGCGCUGAGCGCCACCAUCCAGCCUUGGCGGAUCGGAACUCACCCCAGCUGCUCUCGCAGGCCUACGCCCAAAGCUUGUUGGAAGGGAUUCCACCAGAGGAUCCUUAUGACAUGCCUUUGGUCUUGCCUAGCUCGCAGUGA